UCAAUUGGUAUUAUGUAAGAGGCGUAUCGAACCGUCCAAGCAACGCAACACUCAGCAGUCAGCUCAGCCUUCUAUAUAAGAAAUCUCCAUUUCUUAUCAUCUCUAGUCUGCAGAUAUCCAGCAUUAAUUCAUCUUGGGUUUCAAGCUUAACGUCGUACGAACCCAUGGAAGCAACUACCGAGAAGCAGGCGACCUUGUCGUCUGAAUCUCAAGCAUCCAAAGAGAUGGCGUCGUCCUCACCCGCCACUAAAUAUUUGUCGCUGGACUUGUCGCUUAGAGUCCUACUGUUCGCGUCGACGCUCGUGGCCGUGGUGGUCAUGGUCACCAGCAAGCAGACCGAGCUCGUGCCCGUCCGGUUACUGCCGAUGCCCGCCUUUGGCUACAAAGCAGCCAAGUUCAAUCACUCUCCGGCAACCAUAUACUUUGUGGCUGCACUUUCAGUGGCUUGUUUAUACAGUAUUAUCACCACGCUCACAUCCUUGGGAGCCAUCUGGAAGCCAUGCCCCUCGAAGAAGUUCUUCCUUCUCCUGGUUUUCAUGGAUCUGAUAAUGCUGGGGUUGGUGGCCUCAGCCACUGGCACGGCGGGUGGUGUGGCUUACAUCGGGCUGAAGGGCAAUUCUCACGUAGGAUGGACUAAGAUCUGCUCUGUCUACGACAAGUUUUGCCACCACGUCGCUAGCUCAAUUGCAAUCUCUUUGUUUGCUUCUAUUCUCCUUGUCUCGCUGGUUAUGGUCUCCACAUACGCGCUCUACCGCCGCUGCUAAUCAGAAUCCAGAGCUAAUCAAUGAAGCUUAAUUUGGUUGUGGGUCUGUCUGCAUUAAGAAGUGUGUGUGUGUGUUUGAUCAAGUGCUGAUCGAAUCCAUGUCUGUAUCAUAUCAUAGAACCAAACUAGCUCUUCAUCAUCAUACUGUUGUUAUUUAUAAUUAGCCAACAAUGUACAACUGCUUUAACUUACUGCUUGUCUUUAUUAAGCUACAUUUAGUUUA